AUGUUGCAAUUAUUUAUACAAUAUUUUGAGAAGCACACACACAUUAAUCAAUCAUUACGUGACAAUAUCUUGUCAACAAUCAAAUUAGUAUAUAGAUCUAUCGUUAAAAAAUCGGUUUAUUAUUGUUAUAAAUCUGACAUUAAAAUAUUUCUUUAGAAAUGGUUAUCACAAAAAAUAAAGAAUAAGCAGGCCGCAGAUAAAUUAAAACUGGGAGGAAGCAGGCAGAAAAAAAUAUUCCUGCGUGAAACUCAGGGAUUUAACUUUGACAUUACAAGAUUGAAGAAAACAAUAUGGAUCUAAUGACUUUGGUGCCCGAUUUCAAGAUCGUGCCCAACAGUCGUCGUUCACCGCGCGUGAAACAUGUCUGCGAGAUACCGACAGAAGAAAAUCCAGUGACCAUGCUGAUACCUGGGAGCUCCGCCUGGUCGAGACUGCGACGUUGGUUCCUGAGCACGCGGAUAGCGUACCGCAGACAUCCAUUCACGCGAUGGUGUCUGAAGAGCAACAAGGCACUCCAUUAUGAGAUCAGUCGGCAUAUCCAAUCCUACCCUUACAUGAUUCAUCCUUUUAGUUCAUUUAGAAUAAUAUGGGAGACCGUGAUGAUGCUGUUCAUCGUAGUGACUCUGAUAGUCACACCGAUCCUCCUCACCUUUUACUUCGAGAACCACGAGAAAUGGUACAUCAAUCACACGAUAAACGCCGUGUUCAUGUGCGAGAUAACGAUACGGUUUUUCACCGGUUAUUAUGAUUACCAAACACAAUCGAUAGUCUUAGAUCCGAAAAUCGUAGCGAGUAAGUACCUACGAGGAUUUUUCGUCCUGGAUAUAUUAGUCGUGUUACCGUUGGAGUUCCUUGCCACCACACCUGAGUCGAUAUGGUACCUAAGGUCACUGAACUUGCUGAAGAUACUAUGGCUACGAAUCGUGCUCGUUUAUUCACGCAGACUCUACUACAUGUACAAAAUCAACUUUCACCUGUAUAAAAUCGCGGAGAUGAGCGUUAUUCUCGUCGUGUACGUGCACUGGGUCGCCUGCCUCGAGUAUUAUCUACCGUUGGUCGUCGCCAAGGUAGCUGGACCAGAUAAGGAGUCAUGGAUUCGAUCGUCUUACAUGCAGGACAGGAAAACUAUAUUCCGGAUCUACCUAGCAUGCAUGCAUAGAGCUCUCAUCGCACUGGCCAGUUCCGCGCAUUACUUAAACAUGAAGGCAACGGAGGACAUAUUGUACAACUUGAUUCUCACUAUUCUCGGUUUCCUCGGCUUUGUUUAUCUGCUAGCGCGGUUUUCGCAGAUACUGACGACGUUUCAUUCCACCAGCAAGAGGCACUUGAAGUUGACGCAACAGUUGCAACAGUACAUGAGACACAAGGAACUUCCACAUUUCCUGCAGCGACGUUUGCUGACGUACUACAACUACCAUAACAAAAGAGGACUCGAGAGGGACAAACACAUCAUGAAAUACGUGUCGCCUUAUUUGCGAGAGAAACUUCUUUUGCAUAACUAUAUGAAGCUACUCAACAAUGUAGAGUUGUUUAAACACCUGCCGCAAAUAGUAGUGACACAAUUGGCCGACGUGCUGCAUUCGGAGAUUUUUAUAACGAAUGACGUGUUGAUCAGAGCUGGUACACGCGGCGACGCGUUAUACAUUAUCGCCUCCGGCACCGUGGCAGUCUUUAAUAAUAUAGGAAAGGAGAUCUGCCACUUGGAGGAUGGCGCGUAUUUCGGCGAGAUAGCGUUGGUGAUGGAAGACGAGUGGAGGAUCGCCAGCGUUGUCGCUGUGGAGAACUGCGAGGUCCAUGUCCUGUCGCGCGUCAACUUCCAACGCAUCCUAACGCCGUAUCCCGAUCUGCUGACUCAUCUGCAAAACGUCGCGCUCGCGUUUCUGGAACAAACUCUGCCACUCGAAGAGGCAUACGAACUGGAUUCCUCGGCAUUGGCGUCCAUUAAGGUUAACAUCAGCAGUAUAAAGACCAAGAGGAGGGACUGAAUCGGCGAGCAAGCGGCGAAUCCGCGAACGACGCUCUUCUGGACCAUUGCCAUUCUCCCUUCCACAGGACAUUUCGCGGGAAGACCUUGGAAACG